CCUACAUGAAACCUAUAAAUACCGAAAUACAUAACCAAACUUAUUAACGUCUUCAUUUUUCUUCAUUUUUUCCGAUCACAAUUUGGGGAAUUUCUUCCAGAAUACCAUCUUCUCUAACCUUAAAUCCAAUCGAAUUCGACCUGAUUUUCUCAAUUAGAGCAACGAGAAGGCGAAAUGUCAUGGGGAUUAGGGUGGAAGAGAUCAUUAGAAAUCUUCCAUUUACGGCUCCACUUCGGCGAAGAAGAUGAGCAUGAAGAAGACGGAGAUUUUUCGAAGAAGAUUGUGGAGAUGGAAUGGACAGCAAGAGAUGAUGAAGAUCAAGUUGCAUUGAAACUACAGUCGAAAUUAAUGGUGGAGAUGCCUCCGCUAGAGGAUUCUGUUGUCGUUGAGUUAACGGAAAGAAAAAAUGAUGCAGGAGUUUCAAUGUCGAUGAAAAUUGUUCGGCGAAGAGAGCCGUUGCGAGCGAUUACAUUGUCGAGAGCUGUGGGUUCUGGUUACCAGAGUGAUGGUAGUGGUGUCUUAAUGAAGUUGUUGAAUUCUAAGGUUGCGAAUUCUGAGGUCGUAUCUGGUCUUGAUGAUGGCGUAUUGAGUUUCACUGAGCAUUGGAAUAGUGUAACUGCAUUGAGUCUUUCUGGUUGUGGUAUUUCUGUGCUGCCCGUGGAAGUGACAAAAUUUCCAUUACUCGAGAAGCUUUACCUAAAUAACAACAAGCUAUCAGUAUUGCCUCCUGAAAUUUGUCGACUCAAAAAUUUGAAAGUUUUAAGAGCUGAUGAUAAUGUGCUAGUUUCUGUUCCAGUUGAAUUGAAGCAGUGCGUUGGAUUAGUGGAGCUGUCACUAGAACACAACAAGCUGGUCCGCCCAAUAUUGGAUUUCAGGGCUAUGGCUGAAUUGCGUAUUUUAAGGUUGUUUGGAAAUCCUCUUGAAUUCCUUCCUGAAAUUUUGCCGCUACAAAAACUGUGCCACUUGUCCGUCGCCAAUGUCAGAAUUGUUGCUGAUGAAAAUUUGCGAUCUGUUGAUAUCCAAAUUGAGAAUGAGGCAACGUCCUACUUUGGUGCUUCUAGACACAGGCUGAGUGCCUUUUUCUCUCUUGUAUUCCGCUUUUCUUCCUGUCGACACCCCUUGAUUGCAUCUGCAAUGUCAAAAAUUAUGCUGGAUCACGAUAAUCGUGUGUUUGUUGGUAAAGACGAAAAUGCUGUACGACAGAUCAUAAGUAUGAUUAGCAUUGACAACCAUCAUGUGGUAGAACAAGCAUGCUUUGCUCUAUCAUCUUUUGCUGCAGAUGUAUCUGUUGCGAUGCUUUUGAUGAAAUGUGACAUUAUGAAGCCCAUCGAAGCCGUUUUAAAGUCAGCUGUUGAGAAAGAACUAAUUUCUGUGCUGCAAGUUGUGAAACACCUUGCUUUUUCAUCUGAUGCGGUCGCUCAAAAGAUAUUCACCAAGGAUGUAUUGAAAUCUCUAGAAUUGUUAUGUGCUCAUAAGAAUCGAGAGGUCCAAAGAUUAGCGCUAUUGGUGGUUGGAAAUUUGGCUUUCUGUUUGGAGAAUCGACAACAGCUAGUUACUUCUGAAAGUCUGCAGGAACUUCUUAUGCACUUGACAUCAACAGCUGAGCCACGGGUCAAUAAAGCUGCUGCUCGGGCAUUGGCAAUUCUUGGAGAGAAUGAAAUUUUACGGCGUGCGGUCAAGGGGCGACCAAUAACAAAACAAGGGCUUCGGAUUCUCGCAAUGGAUGGGGGUGGAAUGAAAGGUCUUGCAACUGUGAAAAUCCUGAAAGAAUUGGAGAAGGGGACAGGGAAACCAAUACAUGAAAUGUUUGACCUCAUAUGUGGUACAUCAACUGGUGGGAUGCUAGCUGUGGCUCUUGGUAUCAAGUCAAUGACAUUAGAUAAGUGUGAGGAAAUAUACAAGAAACUUGGCAAACUUGUCUUUACUGAACCCGUCUCAAAAGACAAUGAGGUAGCAAGUUGGAGGGAGAAGCUGGAUCAUCUGUAUAAAAGUUCAUCUCAGAGAUUCAGAGUCGCUGUACAUGGAGCAAAACACAGUGCAGAUCAGUUUGAGAGACUGUUGAAAGAGAUGUGUGCUGACGAAGAUGGAGACCUUCUGAUAGAUUCUGCUGUGAAAAGAAUACCUAAAGUUUUUGUUGUCUCUACUCUUGUUAGUGUAGUUCCUGCACAGCCGUUUGUAUUUCGGAAUUACCAGUAUCCAGCUGGAACGCCAGAGAUGUAUAUGUCACCUUUAGAAAGUUCGGCAAUCAGCUUGUCAGGUGGAGAUAUCACAAGUGCGGAAAAUGGAUACAAAUACAAUUCUUUUAUUGGGAGUUGCAAACACAUGGUUUGGCAAGCUAUAAGAGCGUCAUCUGCCGCGCCAUACUAUUUAGAUGAUUUUUCAGAUGAUGUCAAUCGCUGGCAAGAUGGUGCGAUAUUGGCUAAUAACCCAACCAUAUUUGCCAUACGGGAAGCCCAACUUUUGUGGCCUGACACUAAAAUUGAUUGUUUGGUUUCUAUUGGGUGUGGCUCUGUUCCAACAAAGGUCAGGAAGGGUGGAUGGGCAAUUUUGGACACAGUACCUGUGUUAAUUGAGAGUGCAUGUUCUGUGGAACGAGUUGAGGAGGCUUUGAGUACACUGUUAUCAUUGCUUCCUGACAUACAUUACUUCCGAUUUAAUCCUGUUGAUGAUCGAUGUGACAUGGACCUUGAUGAAACAGACCCUGUGGGUUGGUUGAGGUUAGAAACUGCUGCAGAGGAGUACAUCAAACAUAAUUCUGAGGCAUUUAAAAGUGUUUGUCAGAGACUUAUGUGGCCAUACCAACAGGACGAGAGAUUGCCGGAUGGUGUAAAAUCUCAAAUUUCGUCUAACACAAAGUCUGCAAAUGAUGAUAAUAGUCCUUCUUUGGGAUGGAGACGUAAUGUACUUCUUGUGGAAGCUUUGAAUAGUCCAGAUUCUGGAAGAAUUGUGCAUCAUACAACGGCACUCAAAACACUUUGUUCUCGUAGUGGAGUUAGAUUGUCUACCUUAACAGGAACUUCAAAUUCUAGUAAGGCAAUGGCUGGUACCUCAGUAUCCUCCCCAUUUACUUCUCCUAUGUUUACUGGAAGCUUCCCAUCAAGUCCAUUGUUGUAUAGUCCAGAUGUUGUUCAAAGGAUUGGCCGAAUUGACUUGGUGCCACCUAUGUGUUUGAAUGACCAUGAGCCUUUAAGAUUGACUUCUUCGCCCCCAAAAUCUUCGCCAGGACCCAGACAGCUCUCAUUGCCUGUGCAAUCAUUAUCAAAUAAGCUGAAGAGUUCACCACAAGCGGGUAUUGUUCAUUUAGCACUCCAAAGUGACACAAUGGGUUCUGUAAUAAGUUGGCAGAAUGAUGUAUUUGUGGUCGCUGAACCUGGGGAGCUUGCUGAAAAGUUUCUACAGAGUGUUCGUAUUAACGUUUUAUCGUCUGUUAAGGGUAGAAAGGAAAUGUCAAAACUCAACUCCAUCUCAACCAUUGCAGACUUGGUGGCAUAUAAACCUUAUUUCCAAAUUGGUUGUGUUGUCCAUCGGUACAUUGGGCGCCAAACUCAGGUUAUGGAAGAUGACCGUGAAGUUGGAGCAUAUAUGUUUAGGAGGACUGUUCCAUCCAUGCGUCUAACAGCUGAGGAUGUUCCUUGGAUGGCUGGAUCCUGGAGAGACAGAAUUGUAAUCAGCACAGGAAGAUUCGGGUUAGUUAAACCAUUAAUCAAGGCCUUACUAGACUCAGGUGCGAAAGCUGUUAUAUGUCCAACUAGGGAACCUCGUCAUACACAAUCAGAAACUUUGCCUGGGACUAAUGAUUUUGAUGUUUUGGAGAACGGAAAGUUCAGCCUCAAAGAGGAAGCAGAAGAUGAAGAACCACCCGAAGCAUUGAGUCCUACAAGUGACUGGGAAGAUAGUGACCUUGAGAAUAGCACGGAAUCAUCCAAGGUUUUUUGUGACCACGAGGAGGAAGAAUUGACCUCUUUCGUAUGCCACUUAUACGAAGCAUUGUUUAGGGAAGGGGCAACUGUGAAAAGCGCGCUACAAUGUGCUCUUGCUUCACAUCGGAAGUUGAGGUAUUCAAGCCAUCUUCCAAAUAGUAUGCUCUAAUUGUUUAUCAAAUAGUACAACAUUUAUUAACCGUUCUGCAAAUUCAUAAAGCAGGAUGAAUUUCAUUAACUAAUAAGAUUAGGUGAUUAAAAUAAGCCAAUAAGUUAUAUAUUCAUGUCAUAAACUUGAAAUAAGGCUACCUGGCUAGUCUAUAUUACACCUACGCAAAUGCCAAUUUUGUCCAUUGAGGGAAAUUAUUGUUAAGUGUAAAUUUGAAGCAUUUUAUAGAGAAAUGCAGGUACA